CCCCGUCCAAACCCUCGAGCAAUUGGAGCUAUCCUUGUCCAAGGAGCGCGACAAUGACUCCCCCUUCUCGCGGACGGGGCACCAGUCAACGAAGCCCGACCGUCCUGGUCACUGACUCCCGCGACCAACAAUCUGCCUCUACGCCCAGACGCCGUCGAUCCCCCGCGACCCGGUUCAUCACCGUCGAUAACGUGCUCCAAUAUGCCUCCGACGUCCCCUCCAUGCAGCAGCGGCACCCGCCGCCCAUUUCGAGAUCCCGCCGCCUUGCCUCAGCCACGAGUGGUUUGAUUGGUGUUGGUGGGAGCGGUUCUGCUGCAGGUUCCAAUUCGACGGGGACUAUCGGGCGCCUUGCGGCGCAGCCGCGUCUUCCUCCGCGGACAACUAAGGUCAGCGAGAAGCUAGUGCUUUUGCCUGAUACGGGUGGUGUUGGGGAGCCAGAUGCUGGUGAGGAUGAUGAGGAUGAUGAAGGCCCGGAUAUAGAUCUCGUUGAUGAGGAGCUUGUUGAGCAGCUGGCGAACGAGAGACAUGUUGAUCCGGAGGUCGUGCGGCAGCAGUUGCUGGCGCAGAAGCGACUCGGCGGCGACUUUGGUAUCGAUAAUGAUACUGCUCCUCUCUUGGCUCAAGAAGAGCUUCUGCGCAAACGACGUAUUGGGCCUGAGCGUGCGAAGAGUUAUGCGGAGCGCUUGCCUAAGGCUCGACGGACGGAGAAACUUGCGCGUGUGACGGCAUAUUGCACUGCGCAGGCGUAUAAGAUGGGAUCUGUGGCAUCCUUUGUGAAGGAGUGGCAUGGGGCAAGGACGAAGCUUUACGAUGACUGUCUCUACACUGCAUACCACUUGCCUCUCCUGCCUGGUCAUGAGGGGUAUCGUCUGCGGAGUAGUCCCGUGGUCAAAUUCCCUGGUGGAAAGUCGCUCCUGGAUGAAGAGAUUGAGCGGAAUGAGCUUCGUGAUCACCAUGAUGAUUAUAUGGGUGAGGUAGAGGAGCACUCCGUUGGUCGCCACAACCGUCCUGGGGAGGAGCAUCACCAUGAAGCCUCUCCUCAAGAUUCUGAUCAACAUGGCUCCAGAGAAGAGCAUCGCCAGGGAUUCUUGAGCCGCAUUUCCGAGGAAGACAGCCAUAUUCAGGAUGACCAGCAAAAUUCAUCAGGCAAUAAUAGCGCAUUGCAUAACUCCUCCCAGUCUGGACCCGAUGAAGAACAUCAAUCUGAGCCAGCCCCUCGGCGCCGUCGACACAGCUACGAUGAUGGCCAAGCUUUAUCGCGGGAACGGUCUUCCCCGCCAAUGCCAACAGCACAACCUCAAGCCCCAGCCCCAGCCCGAACUCUCUACAACGUGGCUGAGAUGUUCGUCUUUAGCUACGGCGUGGUCGUCUUCUGGAACUUCACAGAGCGACAAGAGAAAGACCUGCUGGCAGAUCUGGCAUUCGCUACCUCAUCCGCGACUGGCACUCCCAUCCCACUAGCUACAAUGCCUCUCCACGAAGAGGAUUUUGAAACCGAGGAAUUCCACUUCGAGUACUCGACCGAGAUCUCCCGUCCGCGCGUCUACAACGACAUGAUCACUCUUCGCAGCGGCGACCACAUGAUCAAGCUCGCCAUCAGCCACGGCAUUUCACAAAGCACCAAGCUAUGUUUCUUCGAGGAGGUCAUGGCCCGCCAAAUGGCAGACGCAAAGGACGUUCCACGCCGCCUUGCCAUGACAGGUCAACUAGGCAUGAAACGCGAAGAAGUCUUCCGUAUCCUGGGCCGACUGUUUAAGAGCCGCGUGGAAGUUAAUCUAUCCUCAAACAUGCUCGACGUGCCCAACUUCUUCUGGGAAAGCGAACCAACCCUCUACCCCCUCUAUAUCGCCGUGCGCGAAUACCUCGAAAUCAAACCGCGCAUCCAAGUCCUCAACGAACGCUGCCGCGUCUUCCUAGACCUCGCAGAGAUUCUAUCCGACUCCAUCGCCGAUAACCGCACAUCCCACCAAACCUGGAUCAUCAUCAUCCUAAUCAUCAUUUCCAUCAUCGUUACGUGCUCAGAAGUUUUCCUACGCUUCGGCCUCUUGCACGCCAGCCAAGGCGCAACAUCUAGUCCUGCUAGUAUCAUCGCCCGAGCUAUGGGCCGCACUCCGCCAUCUUCCCCGUCAAACUUCUCCUAUAACAAUGUGAAUAUCCCGCCUGGUUGUGUCUGCCCUUCUCUUCCGCCUGCUGGUGGGUCGGAUGUUAGUGGGUUGAGUGGGAAUCGGGGAUUCGGUCUUUGAUUUGGUUGUAUGCUU